UUGAUUUUAAAAUGGAUAUUGGACUGUAGUGUACUUGUACUAAAUAUAGAUAUUAUUACUACAUACUUUGAAUUACCAAUUGUUGUGAAAUUUACCUUCUGUAAAUAUAAACAAAUAACAUGUACAGUAGGGAUUGAUUAUAUGAGAUAUUAUUUCAAAAUGAACAGAGACAAAAUUCUAGAGAAUUUAAAGACUAAUGGCUAUGUGGUAAUUCCAAAUGUUUUAACAGAAGAGGAAUGUGAUGAACAUGCUGGUAGUUAUAAAAGAUGGUAUUCCAUUUUAAAGGACAAUACAGCAAAAAUGAAACAGCGAAGGUCCGUCAUACAGUCAUACAGAGUCGGUCAUUUUAACACAACAUGGAAAAUAAGACUCCAGGUCAAACCUGUUUUUGAAAUGAUAUGGGGAACAAAGAAACUUCUGACAAGCGUAGAUGGAAUUGCAAUUUCGAUGCCUUCAGAAACAGGUGAAGCUGAUUUCCGCUCAAAUAGUGAUUGUUGGAUGCAUUUGGACCAAGGUGCAAAACGCAGGGGUCUCCAUGCAUACCAAGGAGCUGUUUACCUGGAAGAAUCAACCGACAAAGACUAUUGUUUCCGGGUAAUGGAUGGAUCACAUGAUUUCCAUUCAGAAUUCUUCAGAGCUUUCCCUUAUGCCUGCGAAAAAUCAAAGCGUUGUGAAUUUUACAAGUUCAAUGAGGAAGAAAGAACAUGGUAUGAAAACAAUGGUUGUCAGUUGAUGUGCGUUCCUGUUCCAAAGGGUGGAAUCGUUUUAUGGGAUUCUAGGACUGCGCAUGAUAAUAUAGCUCCACUCAGUGGACGACCAGAUACGGACAGAUGGCGCUGUGUCUGUUUUGUAAGCAUGACACCUGCAUUAUGGGCAGGAAAAGACGAUAUCGAAUUUAAAAACAAGGCAUACGCUGAUAUUGCCAUGACAACUCAUUGGUCAUCUCAAGGUCAAAAGCGUCACAAAUCAGAAGAAAAAUGCGAUGAUGUACUAUCAAUCAAAAAACUUCCUGCAACCUCACGAACGAAGGAGGCCAAAUUACUAGUGGGCGUCGAUAGUUACGAUUUUAAUGAUGGCGAACCAAAUGGUCCACCAGCCCCUUACUGGAUGUAACAUAUCUCAGCUUAGAUAUAUUUGUGAUUGAUUCGAAAAACUAGAAUACUCGUUUUAAUAUGUUACAUACAUUGACCUUUUAGGUCUUUUAUAAUUAACUGGUGGUGACAGGUUCGAUACAGUAAUAAAUAAAACAGGUCGCCAAAAGUU